AUGCUCGCUAGGCCUACUCCGAGGCGACUCCGUUCUCUCUGGGAUGAGAAAUGUGCCAUAUUGCCAGCAGAUCGAAGAGAUAAGAUCAAGAGUGCUUUAGAAGAAGAUUAUUUUCUUAGCCCAGAGCAAACAGAACAGUACUUUCAAGCAUUGAAUAAAUCCAAACGAUGGUCAGGACUCAAUGAAACGGUCAGUCGCAAGGAAAAGGCCGAGAUGGAGCGCGAACUUCGACAGAGAGAGAAGUGGCUCAUUGAUUUUAGCGCGCAGGUGGCGUAUCGGUUAUGUGACUACAUUGCUAAAGGAGAGAAAGAGAUGUUGGUCUCCAAUAGAUUGAGAAGUAUUGCUGAUGUCGUUUUGGAGCGUGUUGCUGAAAUACUUGGAGAGCCAAAACCGUCACGCUCGCAUCCUGGUCGCCUUGCCCGUUUCAUGGUCGCGAUAUCCGACCGCAUUGCAGUGUGGAUAGAAAACGCUGUAUAUCGCGCAAAUGCACUGGAGUGGCGGGAGUCAGAGACGUUCGAUGAUCACGUGCGUCUCGAUGGUGACCAAUCACAAAUAUGUUAA